AGAGACCACUUGACUCAAUCACUUCUUACCCCGCAUCAUCAGUACCAGAAGAAUGUAUGAGUAAGUAGUUAAUUCUUAGUGCUACUGAAAUUCGCAGGGAAAGAGAGAAAAGAAGGAAUUGGUCAACAGAACAGGGACAAAUAAGUCCUGUCUAAAUCCAAACGAUGCGGCCUCACUCGUCCCCCCUCACGUAUUGGGUGUGGGCAGUGAUCCUGACAGUGAGUGUAUUGGAGAUAGUAACGGCAGCUGACAGAGGAUACGGUACGCAGUUUGGAAAUCCGGAAAGUACACGAGACUGCACUGGGAAGUGCAACCGCCGUGGGACUACCUAUAACGCGGGGGAGAAGUUCUCUUACACAGAGGGCUGCAUCAAAUUCAACUGUGAAUGUCAGUGUAAUGGAUGGUACGACUGUCCACGGGAAAAGAAUGAAGACAUUUGUCGAAACAGAAAUACUGAUCGUACAGGCCCAUCAGGUCAGAACUGCAAGGAGUGUAACGUACAUGGAGUCUUGUUUCCCAGUAACGCUCCGUUUAACUAUAACCGUGGCUGUACAGAGCUAAGCAAUUGUCACUGCCAUUGCGAUGGCUUCUGGAACUGUACGCAGGGUAGAGACAUCUGUCGUAACACUGUAAUAACUCAGCUCUCCGGUGGAGGGGGUCGUUCUUAUUCUUCGGGAUCCUACAGCAGUGGUGGCUCGUCGUCACAGAGAAGUGGAUCCUCCAGCCGACAAUCCGGUGGAUACUCAAGCGGUUCAUCCUCUUCUUCUUCAGGCGGAUCUUACUCCAGUGGUGGUUCGAGAGGCGGAGGUGCAGGAGGGAGCUUUGGAAGUUCCGAUUCAAGAUGUAGACAAUGUUUGGUAUCACAAGACAGGUUGGAAAAUCCAAAUACUUAUUUCAAAUACCGGAAUGGAUGCUCUGAAUGGGACAGUUGCUUCUGUAACUGCGAAGGUAGAUGGAAUUGUGACUAUAAGACCCAUAAGAAAGUGUGUGGACAAGGCGGGGGGAGUGGGGUGGAUCUGAGUGGUGGGUCUUGUAGCCCGUGUGAUGUUAACGGAAAGAUUCAGCUCGGAAAUACCGACUUUGUACACAGAAAUGGAUGCCAUGAAUGGACAGACUGCCACUGCUCAUGCGGAGGGUCUUAUUAUUGUUCCAACACAAGCUAUCGGUGGGCAUGUGACAAUAUAUGUCGCGAGUGUAGUGUCGACGGUAGGAAAUAUGCAGGAAAUACAGAAUUUUCACACACCGUUGAUUGUAUAACCUAUGACCCUUGCCAGUGUCACUGUAACGGGUCAUGGUCAUGUCCUCCUGAGGCAGGAAAGUGGACAUGUACGGAUCGAUGUAGAGAAUGCGAAGUGGAUGGAAAUCGGUAUCAAGGGAACAGCCAGUUUCGGCAUAAGGAGGGUUGCUGGGAAUGGGAUCACUGUCAGUGUAAUUGCAAUGGGUCCUGGAAGUGCCCAAAAGAGCAUGCCAAGUGGACCUGUUCGCAGCAGUGUAGAGACUGUGUGAUCGACGACCAAACAUACCCAGCCAACACUCCUUUCACAUUCGAGCGAGGGGAUUGUUAUAGAUUUCACUGUCAAUGUGCUUGUAACGGUUCCUAUGAAUGCCCUUCAGAAAAAACCGAAAAUACUUGUUUGAUCGACCCUAGCACCGGAUGUUAUCCUUGUGACGUACACGGUAAAUCUUAUAAAGGUCAGUCAGUGUUUAAUCACACAGACGGUUGUAUGCAAUAUCAGGAUUGUAUAUGUAAUUGUAACGGAUUUUGGGAAUGUCCGGGCUCAAAAGCCGUGGACACUUGCCACCCUCAUACUUCGGGUAGCUGUUAUACCUGUGACGUUAAUGGGAAUAAGGUGGCCGGUGGGUCCCGUUUUUCAUUACAGGAAGGGGACUGGCGCUUUGAUUGUGAGUGCUAUUGUAAUGGAGGGUGGCAAUGUUCAGCAGAAGCAAUAUACACUGGUGACACCUCCCAUCAAAUUGGAAGUCAGUGUAGAGAUUGCUAUUUCUUAGGCCGUCGCCAUACCAGUAGGACUUCUUUCGACAGUCAAUGGGGUUGUAUUAAGUACAAAUGUCAGUGCAAUUGUGAUGGAAAGGUAGAGUGUCCUGUUGAACAAGCAACCAGUGUUUGUUCCUCAUAUAGUCAUUAUUUCCAGGAAUUCCAACUGAAGUCUCUUGGCAGCACACCAGCUAGGUAUUGUUCAGCUUGCAAAAUAAAUGAUCACUUCUUCCCUGGCAAUUCCCAAUUUGAAUACGUGGAUGGAUGCCAUCGACACAUGUUGAGGUGCUAUUGUAAUUCCGGAUACAGAGUCGCCAAGAAGAUCAUCGACUCUUGUGUAGAGGGUAUCCUAUCUGGAACUAUAAAAUACUCAAAGAGUUCAGCCGUUUUUCUCUCAGUGUCCCACAGAUGUGAUCGCAAGUGUAUUGUAAACGGUAUUGAACACGCACCUAGAUCUUCUUUUGAAAUUAACGUUGGAUGUUCGACAUACCGCUGUCAGUGUACUUGUAACGGCCUGCCUCAGUGUCAAGCUCCUGUAGACACGUUAUGUAAUUUACAAAUUCAUGUCAUAAGUAGUUCAAGGAUAACAGGUGGAUCCAGCAGUUCUUCACACGUCGGCGGCACACACGUCCAGUCUGGCGGAUCAACUGUCGUCAGUGGCGGUAGUCAUUCUAGUAGUAGGGUAAUAUCCGGUGGAAGUUCCUCUGGCGGCACAGUCGUAUCAGGCGGAAGCAGAAGAGUCAUUACUGGAAAUGGCGGAUCAACUGUCGUCAGUGGCGGUAGUCAUUCUAGUGGGAGGGUUAUAUCUGGUGGAAGUUCCUCUGGGGGCACAGUUGUAUCAGGCGGAAGCAGAAGAGUCAUUACCGGAAGUUCAAGUGGAAGUGUUAUAAGUGGUCGAGGUGGCUCCUCAAGCACAAGGAUAGUCAGUGGUGGGUCUCGAGUUGUCAGCGGGGGAUCUUCGGUCAGUUCUAGCGGAAGUACAGGAAGUUCUAGAGUCAUACGGAGAAGAAUUGUGUCAACAGGCGGCAGUGGAGGAGGAGUGUCCGUGACAAGGGGAGGAUCUACGUCAGUUGUUAUCAGAGAUAGUGGGGUAUCAAACAAUGAUUGUCAUUUUUGUGUGGUGGAGGGUAAAAGGUAUCACGGUAUGGCUGUAUUUGAUUAUAAACGAGGCUGUGUUCGAUAUAGAUGCCAGUGUGACUGCAAAGGAUAUGCCAUCUGUAGGGCUGUGAGUGUUAACGAAUGCUUUGCUGAAAAAAGCCAGUGUAGACCAUGCAAUGUAGAAGGAAAACGAUAUGAAGCAAAUUCUCGAUUCACAUUUGACAAAGAUUGUCAGAGGACAUCUUGUCGAUGUGAAUGUGAUGGUAUGGCGACCUGUGUUAGGACACAGAUUCCGGGCUGUACGCAUCACGAUGGAUGUCUACCAUGCGUCUACAACGGUGUGACCAGGCAACCUAAUACCCAAUUCAACAUCGAUAAAUCGUGUGAGAGAACUGUUUGUCAGUGUGAUUGUAACGGACAUGUUCGGUGUUCAUCUCCUUUUCGCACAUGCGCAGAACCUCAAACAUGUGGUGGUUGCACCGUUGAAGGUCAUUAUAGGCCUGCAAAUUCAAAGUUUACGCUCACUCAAGGAAAUUGGAGAAUGACUUGCACUUGUGAAUGUGACAAUCGUUAUACGUGUGACAGAGCCAAUGCUGAAUAUAUCGGCGAUGACUCUCAUGAACUUAACACGUGCAGGUCCUGUACAGUUGAUGGAAAAGUUCAUCAAGGCAAAACCAAAUUUCACAGAGAGCAGGGAUGUUAUAGGUAUAGCUGUCAGUGUUUUUGUGAUGGCACCCACAACUGUGUCAAUACAGGAACUAACAUAUGCUCUAAACCAACCACACCCGCGCCACAUAUUGAUCACCAACACUGCAAGCCCUGUCGAGUGGGGAACCAGGAGUAUCCGUCUGAACAGCCUUUCAGUCUGGAUCGGAGCUGUAAGCGAUAUAACUGUGAGUGUUACUGCAGUGGUCGCUAUGGAUGUCGAGAUUCAGGGGAAAACACGUGUCAUCACGAAUCUCAUACAGCAACAACGCCAGCCCCACGUCCAACAUGUACCAAGUGUCACGUGCAAGGAAAGGACUAUUCGCCAAACACCAAAUUUACAAUUGUUUAUGACAAGUGUCACGUGCUUCACUGUAAAUGUUCUUGUGAUGGCACCCACGAUUGUGACAGAGAAGUUACGAAUACCUGUGGUCCGGACCAAAAUCAGUGUAGACCGUGUACUCAUGAUGGUGUCAGUCAUCAAUCCGGUGAGCGUUAUCGCCGAGUAGAGAACUGUGUAGAGUAUGAUUGUGAGUGUGGGUGUGACGGAAGUCCUCGGUGCAGCGCCCUCCGGCGGGUCUGCCAAGUGAGGCCCCAGUGUUCACCAUGUACAGGCCCUGAUGGACACGAACAUCAACCAUACACACAGUUUCUCUAUGACAAGGACUGUCUAAGAUACACAUGCGACUGCGCAUGUAACGGAAGCUACAACUGUCCCUCCGAGAAAACUAGAAGAAUUUGCCCCGAGCCAACCCAAGCCCCGCAGCGAUGCCGACCGUGCACAGAUCCCAACGGACGGCGACACCCUGCAAAUAGUCGAUUCACAUACGAUAAGGACUGUCAAAGAUAUAACUGUAUCUGUGCCUGUGACGGAACUUACAACUGCCCUGCGGAGAACACCCGCAGAAUUUGCAGGCAUGGCGAGGAUGAACAUCACUGUAGACAGUGCACGGAUCCAACGGGGCGACAACAUCGUGCAGGCGCCCAGUUCAUAUACGACAAAGAAUGUCAUCGGUACACGUGUACUUGUGACUGUAGUGGUGCAUACAAUUGUCCUGCUGAGAAAACAGUCAACUUCUGUGAUCGUGGAUCCAGUCAUACAAGUGGCUCUGCUAGCAGUGGUAGGUCGUCUUACCGGAAUGUUUCCUCCAGUAGUAGUUGGUCAACACGCCAAGGUGGUUCCUCCAGCAGUAGUAGAUCAUCAAAUCAAAGGGGCUCCAGUCACCAAAAUGUUGCCUCCCAACACAGUCAUCUCUAUAGAUACGGUUACUCGUCUGCUAAUAGUUAUGGCAACACCGGCUGCUUUUACUGUGUUGCUGGUGGAGCUCAACGAAAACCAAACGAAAGAUUCGUGUUUGAUGACAAUUGUUAUCGAUUUACAUGCUUCUGUGCAUGUAACGGUAGUUGGGAGUGUCCUGCAUCUCAAACACAGGAGAUUUGUCAGACCCACUCCAUCAGCUCUGGGUCUGGGUCAUCAGGUCACGGGUCGUCCUGUAGGCAGUGUACAGCGCACGGUAAAACAUAUGCAGGAAACUCCCAAUUCCAACAUGAAGAUGGUUGUUAUAGGUUUAAUUGCGAUUGUUACUGUAACGGGUCAUGGAAUUGUCCUGCUGAUCGCACCGAAAACAUUUGCACCCAGGAGAGCGGGGGUUGUAGGAAGUGUAAUGUCCAGGGAUACGACAGAGAGCCGAACUCAAGGUUCCAGUACGACAAGAACUGUUUCCGCUUCGACUGUGACUGUAACUGUGACGGGUCCUACGUCUGUCCUGCUGAGAGGACGAGGAGAAUCCCCGGAUGUGGGAGUCAUCGCGCGCGCCAAGAAACUGAGGCCGCGAACUGUACCGAAUGCGUGGUCCAAGGCAAUAAGUACCGAUCGGGCACAAGAUUCCAGUACGUAAACGGCUGUGCCGAAUACGAUUGCGACUGUCAUUGUGACGGAAGCUAUAACUGUCCACCGAGCCGCACCGUGGACAUCUGUAGGGACAAGAAAAAGUCGUGUACCGAGUGUGAACACGCCGGGUCAAAGUACCCCGGGAACUCUGAUUUUGUGAUCAAUGACAAGUGUUCUCAAAUUAAGUGUUCGUGUGAUUGUGAGGGAAGAAUCACGUGUAAAGAUGCCAUUAACACGUGUACAGAUCGCGGGGAUCUCGGGUGAACUGAAUGUACGUGGUUUUAGAUUAUGCCUGGCAUAAUGUAACUUUUUCUAAAUUGUUAAAAAAAUACUACUUGUAGUUUUAAAAAUUUGAUAUAUUUAUUUUUAUAGGAAUGAAAUACUGUAAAAGAUUUAUUUAUAACAUAUUUUUGUUACAGAUUAGUUUUAAAAUGAAUGUUGAAAGGAACGUCUUGAAUUUAUACUCACAGAUAAAUAUGUCGCUAGCUCUAUAUUUGUGAAUUGGUUUGUUUUGAUACGUGUAUAUAUAAUUGAUAUAUUAAUAUUUUUGUAAGUAAAAUAAAAGGAUUCUCUUUUUCAA